UGGUGUCUUUGUUUACUUUGAGGUUGUCAAAAAGUGUUCGGAAAGGCUGCAGGAAAAGUUGGGCUUUAUAGGAAAUCUGGCUGAAGAAUGAGUGAUUUGGAAGUGUUAAUUAGAGUGCCAUUCCCGACUGAUCGACACGCACAAAUUGCCUACGACGUUCUGCGCCUCGACGCCGAACCCAAAAGGAAUCACGUGGAAAAAUCGCUGAUUGUCGAGGGAAAUUUACUUGUUGUGAAUUUUACCGGAACAUCAGCUAAAAGUUUGAGAACUGGUUUGACGUCGUUCUUCGAUUCCCUGCUUCUCUCCUGCGAGACGAUGCUGGCAUUUGGUCCACCAACUGAGAAGUAUCAUCACUACUGAGAGAUUCAGGGCAGGGUGUAAUGGCUCCUCCGGAACACUCUCCCGGACCAACAGCCACUCGGGCUGUUUAUGGUUUUUCCAUGUUCCUCCUCUUCAAGACGCUCUUUAUCAUGUACGUGAUAUGGGCAUUUGUUCCUGACACCAUCCUCAGGGAUAUGCUGAGCCUAACAUACCUCCCGGACAAAUAUUUUGCCAUUUUCAUCCCAAUGCUUAUCCUCGUGGCAGUUUCCCUUUUUGCCUUUUUCAUCUAUCCUGGCAUAAAUCUCACCAUUACACCUCAUCCCUGUGACAUAUCUACAGUUAAAGAUCCCUUCUCUGUGACACCAUGCCUGUUCAAGCCUCCGGGAGGGAAGGGUUAUUGCAAGAAACCGGUGAAAACUCCAAAAGAUUCAUGGGAAAUCCAAAAAUUCUGCGAAAAUCAUGAAAAUUCUGAAGAUGUUGAAGAAGAAAUCACAAUCCAUGAUUUCUGUGAUUGUCCAGAAGAUACCAGGUGCUUUCUGAGAGAAAAUCCAAAUUAUCUGCAGCAAUUGAGGAGGAAGAAACAAAUCCCAAAAGUUUGUGAUCUCCCUCUUUCUUCGGUGUGUCCGGAACUCUAUGGAGGCGGGAAAUAAAACUUAUCGAUUUUCCGAAAACUUAUCGACUUUUUUCACCUGUGUUUUUGUUUAUGUUUUGAUGGCUUUUUUUAGGUAAAAUAAAAAAAAAAAACAAAUUGAAAGGACACACAUCAAAGUGCGAUCUGUAUUGAAUAAAAAAUGUUCAGUACA